GUGUGUGUGCGUGCGUGUGUUUGUGUGCAUGUGUGUCAUGUGUAUGUGUGCAUGUUUGCGGGCGUGUGUGUGUGUGCGUGUAUCUAAAAAUAAACCGAUCAAUGAAAAACGCAUAGCAACAGGUGACUUCAAAGGCUUUCCCAGCGAAUCAGUAUCAGUGGCGGGAAACUUAUCCUACUGUAAAUCAAAACAUUUCAUGGAGCAGCUUCAUUUGGAAGAAAGACAGAGAAGACACAGACUUGAGAAAGGUGGGUGUAAUUUUUUCUUGUUAAAUUAGGUAGGAUAAUAAUUCAUAACUUAUACACAUAAUUUCUUCAAUAUUAAGGGUUGGCCUAAUAUGUAUAUAUAGUUUUUGGUGUCCUUAAUCCUUUUCAGGCAAAUAGCUCAUAAAAUACCAAACUUUGUCUUUGUGUAGCCUAGCUUAUGUCUAGCCUACUGCCUGUCAUCUUAUCUUAAUAAAAUAUUAUAAUACUUAUUAUACUUUAAUCCUUAAUACAACAAUAGUUAAUAAAAAUAGCUAACUUUAAGUUAUUCUUGACUAUGUCUUACACUGUUUGUCUUCUUAAGUUAAGGGAAUCAUUUAUUAAUAGCCUACUGGUAUUUAUUAUACAGACUAUUUUCUUCAAAAUUAAGAGCUAAUAGUACAUGUAGCCUUUUAGCCUUGUUCGGUGCCCUUAAGUCUUCAAUAUGAAGUAAGUUCAUGAAAAUAGCUGGGGCAUUAGUCCAGCACUGUCUCCUUUAUUCUAAAAUAAAACUUCAUAACUAGACAAAAAAAAUCAACUAGACUGGAGGGGAGAUUUGUCGUCUAUAGGCUGUUAAUGUUUAGUGGGGAACUGCGGAGAAUUCGGCAGCAUUAAUUAAAAUAAAUAUUGGAAAUAAGGCAGUGAUGAGGUUUUGUGUCUCUGUGCGUGUGUGUGUGUAUUUUUUCCCCAGCAUUUUCUUCUUAAGCGUAACUAUUUACCCUCUUGUGUUUAUUCUAGAAUGGCACUUCAAAAAGUCCUCUCUGAACGUCCACAGACCCCUUAUUCCCGGCCUCCUCCACUCCACGUCACUGUGGUGGCGAUGAAGGAUGAGAGGCGGGUGGUGUCGUGGGGCUUUGACGAUGAGAGUGGGGAGGCCAAGGCUGUGCUAAUGAAAGAAAACAGGCUGGUCAUCCUCAGCGACGGGUGCAGCUUAAGUAAAGCAACCCUUUUUGAGGCGUUCGCCGGAAGGGUCAGCCUAGGCGGAGCUUAUAUUAUGCGUGGGUACUCCCUGCGCGGCGAGGGCCCACCAUUCGGCAUAAACAUUACCAAAGAGACACAGUUCUUCAGGUCUGCCCCGGUGGAGGUGAGCGAGGAGCUGCGUGCCAGCGCAGAAAAUCUUCUGUGCCCCGCCUCAACACCAACGGCCACAAAAGACAUAAAGAGUCAGCAGGGGUUCCUCACCUUACAGGGAGAGGUGGUAGAGAUCUCUGCAGUGAAAAAAGUUAAAGUUGGAAAGGACAUGGUGCCCUUGAAGACCGUGGUGCUGGAGCAGGACAAAGCACAGGUGUCCAUCAGCCUGUGGAGGGAGGCAGCCCUGUUUUCUUUUGGAAUAGGGGACGAGGCCAGGCUGACCCACCUGAAGGGAUACAAGUCCUCUUAUGGGUACCGUGUCCAAUCUACAAACUUCACAGUUUGUGAGGAGACCGACAGUGUGCUUGUUGUCAGUGCUCUGGGAACAAUUGAAGUUGAGGGUAAAGAGGGGAUGUUAAAAUUACUGAUUGAGGGGGAACAGGUGUAUGACAUUGAGGAGGACCUUUGGACCCCUCUUCAGAGGGAAAUGGUAAAGCUGCCAUUUUACAUCAAAAUAACAGUAAAGGGGAAAAGGGUCACUAAGGCCGAGGUAGUGAAGGGGGAGGUUUAAAUUAAUAAUUUUGGGAAUUCUGGGUGGUGGUGGGGGGGUUGUGUUUAUGUUUUGUAUAGCCUUGUUAUGUUGAGUAUGUAUUUAAUUAAAUAUGUUUUUGAAAAUGAAAUAAAGUUCAAA